UAACUUACUACUUUAUUUACAUAUCAAACACAGUGCACACUGUGUUCAUCGCAUUAAUUUUUUAUUAAGAAACAACAAGUUCUCGAAAACACACAAAAAUACCGAGAUUGUUUUGCUAAUAAACACCGCGCCCAUUUUUUUACUGUAAGGUGAAGUACCCGUGAAAAUUGAACAUGUUUUUAAUUUUUUUUACAUACUGUGAGAAUUUUUUUUAUGAUAUUACUGUACAAUACAGAGCAGAUAAUUUAUGCUUUUUAUCAUUCAUAAAUCGAACUGUUUAAAGCUAUUUCAGCAAAGUCAACAUCGGUCACACUUUUAGGGAAAUAUUCGAAUAGAGUAGGUAAGACAGUUUGACAUUUCAGCAAAAAUCAACCGAUUUUCCCCCCUGGCAACCUAGUCUCGACCCCCAUUUCUUGAACAAUCCCGAAAGCUGGCAGCCAUGCAUUGAAGCACACAGGAAGACUGUUAACGCCAAUCACUGCGGGAAGCUCGUGCGUCAUCAAUUGUAUUAUGCGAGAGAGAAAUUCUAUAGCGGUUUACGAAGAAAUGCUCGCAUAUUGUUCAGAAGCAACGAGCCAGCAGCAGAUGCUAUUGCAACGAUCUUCUGUCUUUGGUAAAUGAAAGUGAAGAAAUCAUAGCGUCGCCAUCCCUUGGCAAGCGGAUUGUUUCAUUACUUAUAAGGAGAAAAGCAAGGGAGAAGUGUUACAUUACAAUCGACGAGCUCGGUUACAUCCAAACACUUUGCGUGACUGACGAAAAUUCGAGCAGUUCUGACAAGUACGAACAAAAAAAGCAAGACCAUCAGAAUGCUAAUACACAAUCUACGAGAACGACUUCACCACUUGAUAUCAUGGCGAAUACAAGUGCGGCCUAAAAGAGAUCUGGCAAAUAAACGCUCAUCUUCAUCUAACAUAAGCAACUACAGCAGCGCCAGUGCCACGUCCAUGACAGCUCUGAAAGACAGUAAAAAGAUUUCGAGGACACGAACCAUGAAGGUCGUACGCUUUGCCGAAGUCGAUGGCGAGGUUUUGACGGAGGUAUUCGAGAAUAGCAACGAAGACAUGUCAUUGGAUGAAAACAUAGAUGAAGUAUACGUGAAAAAUGGACAAGUGACGGGAUUUAUUGAAGUAAAAAACCUCGAAAUGGGACGCGAGGUUUUGGUUCGUUAUUCCGAAACUAACUGGACGGAUUUUAAGCAAAUGAAGCCGAAACGAGUUUCUCGUAUUGUAGAUAGGAAAGGUCACAUAAAAAUAAAGAUUUUACCCCAAAGAAAUGGUAAACGGUCAAGGCGAAGGAAACAAAUAGCACCUUGUGAUGUGAACUCCCGUGAGGAAUGUACCUAUAUGUUUCGGUUAGGUUUGCAGAAGGACCUCGGUCAACUCGAGCUAGUAGUCAUUUCCAGUUUCAACAACAUCAUCGACACCAACCACAAGCAAUGCUACAAGUUUUGUGAUUUGACAAGCAGCCAAAGUGAGUCGACAGAUUUAGGAAAGCAGAGACGUGAGAUGAAAUUUGAGAGAACAAAAUUAAAUAAGUGUAUAAACUAAAUAAGGCGGCCAACAUAUUAGACUUUACGGUUCGGGACAGACAGGCUUUACGACAGUAGCAAAGGAAAUUUACUAUAGUCGGUAGUGAAGCGACAGAAGACGACGUGGUCACACGAUGAAACAACAGCCAACUUAUUUCAUCUUAUUGAAUACAUUAUUGAACACACAACGCGUGGCAGUGCCGCAAGUUAUCGCAGGCUCGAAAAAUUUAGUCGGGAGGAAUGGUUUAAGCGUGGAUUCUCGUUCCAGGGAUGUCCGCGCACGGACUCGAAGAUAAUUCACUAUUCCUGAAGGACUGAGUAACAGAAAAAAAAUUGUUGGCUUUUUUAUGUAAUAAUUUAUUUCAUAUUUUUACACGAGGACAGUUUCAAUCAAGAUUAAUCGAAGAAUAUUACUCCACAAAAUUGACAUUAAUUCAGAUUAGAGAGUCUGAGAGGCGUCAGUUAAGCUGCAUUUUUUCAAAUCCGAAACGUCAACUUUCGUAUAAGCUUUUUUGAAACUGUUUUCUUUAAGUUAUUUUAUUUGAAUUUUGUGUCGUAUUAUGUGUAUUUAGCAUAGCUUAUAGCUGCUGAAGUUGCGGAGCAGAAGUACUUCAUGUAUGUAAAACGUAACCAUUAUGACAACGCUGUAGCUUAGUUAACGAGAACUUUGUCGACAUAUUUCCAUUCGUGGAGGAAAACAGGGAUGGAUAUAGAGGAGGGGUGUGUGGGGGUGCACUUCUCCAGCCUUGGCUGGUAGAAGAGCAGGGGUGAAAAUUUCCCCACGAAAUAUUAAUAUACCUACCAAUUUAGCUAAAAAUACAGUCAAACAACACAUUUCUUAGGGUCUCGAGUCAAACGCACACAACAUCACCCACGAAAUCUAAUGCAAACUUGACUGACCGAACAACAUCCUGUAAAACUAGAGCACCCCCCCUCCCCCCGACAAAAUCAUCCUCGAUCCAUCCCUGGAGAAAGUCUAAAUCUUGUGUAUAAUCAGUUUCUAUCACACUCAAUCACACGCAUUUCGUCAAAGUGAAACUCGACGUCCAAAGUUAUAGUUCAUGUUGAAAAAGUUCUUAUAAAGAGUUGACUGAGAGAAUAUACCAAAUUCUCGCGAACACGAUGACAACUUCUCUCAACGAAGUAAAACUUUAAAAUAAAUUUAUUGACGACA